AUGGCAGAAAGAAUACCACAAACUAUAGCUGAACAAAAAAAGCGUCUUACAAUAGCGCAAAUCAAUAAAAACACAGCGGAGGAAGCACGUGCCUACUACAAUCUAGCCGAAGCUUAUUACUUAGCUAGUGACUUCCAUCAACAAAUAGAGUACCUCAAGCAAUACCUGAGCAUUGCUGAGGAAGUCGGUGAUAGAGCAGGUGCAAGACGUGCCUAUCACAAGCUCGGCUGUGCUUAUGGAUUCCUGGGUGACUACCAACGAGGAAUAGAGUACCACAAUCAAGACCUCAGGAUUGCCAAGGAACUUGGUGACAGAGCAGGUGAAGGAUGUGCCUAUGGUAAUCUCGGCGAUACUUAUCGCCACCUUAAAGAAUUUCAACGAGCAAUAGAGUACAACAAUCAACACCUCAGCAUUGCCAAGGAAGUUGGCGACAGGACAUGUCAAGGCAAAGCCUAUGGCAGUCUCGGGCUUGCUUACCUCAGCCUUAAAGAAUUCCAUAGAGCAAUAGGGUACACCAAUAAAUUCCUCAGCAUUGCCAAGGAAGUUAGUGACAGGGCAUUGGAAGGCAAAGCCUAUGCCAUUCUCGGCGCUUCUUAUCUCAGCCUUAAAGAAUUCCAAAGAGCAAUAGAGUACACCAAUAACUGCCUCGUCAUUGUCAAGGAAGUUGGUGACAGGGCAUUGGAAGGCAAAGCCUAUGACAUUCUCGGCGAUAGUUAUCGCAGCCUUAAAGAAUUCCAAAAAGCAAUAGGUUACACCAAUAAAUGCCUCAUCAUUGCCACGGAAGUUGGUGACUGGGCAGGGGAAGGCAAAGCCUAUUUCGAUCUCGGCGUUACUUAUGUUAACCUUAAAGAAUUCCAAAGAGCAAUAGAGUACACCAAUAAAUGCCUCAUCACUGCUACGGAAGUUGGAAACAGGGAAAGGAAAGGGCAAUGCUAUCGCUUUCUCGGCUAUACUUAUCACCAUCUCGGCGAAGACCAACGAGCAAUAGAGUACACCAAUAAAUGCCUCAACAUUGCCAAGGAAGUUGGUAACAGGGCAUUGGAAGGCGACGCCUAUUCCGAUCUCGGCGCUAGUUAUCACAGCCUUGAGGAAUUGCAAAGAGCAAUGGAGUGCCACAAGAAACACCUGAGCAUUGCCGAGGAAGUCGGUGACAGAGAAGGAAAAGGAAGUGCCUAUUUACACAUCGGCCUCGUUCAUGACUCCCUCGGCGACGUGCCACGAGCAAUGGAGUACUACAAGCAAGGCCUGAGGAAUGCCGAGGAAAUCGGUGACAGUUUUGUACAAGGACAAGCCUAUUGUCGCCUCGGAAAUUGUUAUAGAAAACUCCACGACUUGAAGGAAGCAAUAGAGUGUUACAAGAAACACCUGAGCAUGGCCGAGGAAAUCGGUGAAAGGAUGUCAGAAGCAUGCGCACAUACAGAUCUGGGUCACUCUUUUUUACAAUCACAUUCUUUGAAUGAGGCUUUAAAACAUUUUAGAUGCGGUGUUAAAAUCUAUGACACUAUUAGAGCCAAUUCUAUCUCGGAAGAUCAAUUGAAAAUAAGUUUUCGCACGCUUCAUAGAUGUGCCUAUACUCAUUUAUGGCAAGUUUUAGUAAUGCUUGAAAGGAAUGAUGAUGCUUUAUACGCUGCUGAGAGGGGACGCGCACAGGCUUUGCUUGAUGCCUUAGAAGUAACUUAUGGCCUUACAUCACUUUCUCCCAGGUCAAUUGAAUCUGAAGAAGAAGUCAGAUAUAAUUCAAGGAAGACAACUGUUUUAACAGUUUUUCUUGCCCUGGAAGAGAAAACAGUCAAUAUCUGGGUGUUGGGAAAAGAGGGCAACCCCAUUUUUAGGCAAGCGAAGAUAGAAGAUUCCUUUACUCUCCUUUUAGACAGGGCUGGCGUCGGUAUUAGGUGCGAAAAUCGUUGCGAAUUACAGGCAUUAUAUGAUGCAGUUCUCGGUCCCAUUGAAGACUUGUUUCACGGUGAUGAACUAAUUGUAGUUCCUGAUGGCGCUUUGUCUAAAGCUCCUUGGGCAGCCCUGAGUGAAACUUUAAGGAUCCGGACUGUUCCCUCACUGACAAGUUUGAAAGUCAUCACAGAUUCUCCACGUGAAUAUCACAGUAAAAGUGGAGCCCUGCUUGUUGGAGAUCCAUGCUUGAAUAAAAUUACAGAUAAACUGGGGAACCCCAUUUAUGAUCCUCUGAAGUACGCAAGAAUGGAAGUUGAGAUGAUUGGAAAAAUUCUAGGGAGCCAACCUUUAACAGGUGAAGAUGCAACCAAAGAAGCGGUACUUCAGAGAAUCGCGUCAGUUGCUUUGGUGCACAUUGCAGCCCACAGAAGAAAGGAAAUUGGCGAAAUAUUUUUGGCUCCAGAUCCCCGAUGGGAAUCCAAGCCUUCUACAGAGGAGGACUGGAUUAUGAAAAUGUCUGAUAUACAAGCUGUUAGGCUGAGAGCGAGGCUUGUUGUGCUUAGUUACAGCCACAGUGGUCAAGGAGAGGUAUCGUCUGAGGGUGUGGUCGGUAUGGCACGUGCUUUCUUGUUUGCUGGUGCUCGUUCCGUGCUGGCGACACUCUGGGGAGUUGAUGACAAAGCCAAAAUGAUGUUUAUGAAGUCUUUCUACCAACAACUUGGAAGUGGAGAAAGUGCAAGUGUUGCUCUUCAGAGGGCCAUGAAAUGUCUUCGAGACUCCGUCGCUUUUUCCGCCCCGUGGUACUGGGCUCCAUUUGUUCUGAUUGGUGAUGAUGUUAAGAUUGAAUUGAAGAAAAAACAUUGA